AUCGGACGUUCAGUCGACCGACGACAUCGCUACUGUUCGCGUUCCGCCGCCGUUACGGGACAACUGUACAAACAUAUUUAGUACACACACACAUACACGCGCUCGUUUUAUACGUUUACCGUGGACCGCUGUGAUUUAUGUUACAUUUUUUUUCAGUUCGCGCACUCCGCGUCUUAUUCGUUAAACCGUAAAGCCGUUUCGCGAGUGUUGACCGUCUUUAACGUAUCACAGUCGUAUAUUUAAAUACUUAUUCAUUCUUAUCGCAAAUACCGUUCGUGGACGACGACACGCGUUCGGCCGAUAUUUAUGCAUAACGGCACGCGGUCCGUCGCCACUCACUGCAGCGGUCUGCCGUCGGUGGUCAGCCGCGAGUGUUGAAUGCGCUUUGCCGACCGUUCGUGCGGACACACAUGCUAGAACAGACCGGGGCCACCAAUAUGACAGUGUUAGCGCUCAACCAUCUGUUGCCGCCACCGCCGCUGACGCCGUCCUCCAACAACGGUGCACAGCAGCAGCAACAACAGCAACAGCAGCAGCACCAACAACACCAGCACCAGCAGCACCAACAACAGCAGCAGCAGCAGCAGCAGCAACAACGCACUGCCGCCGUGCCGAUGGACUGCAGCGGCGACGAGACCACCGGUAAGCCGUUGCGGCUAACCGCUGCCGCGGCCGCUACCAACAUGGUAAUGCCCAUCAACAACCACCUGCAGCACCACAUCAUCCACCAUCACAUCAGCAACAAUAACAACAACAGCCAUAACAACAACAACAACAACGAGCACGAGACGGCCAGCAGCCCGUCGUCCGUGAUGGCCGCAGCCCGGCCGUCGGGUCACAUCAAGUUCAGCGUGGCCGCGUUGCUGGCCGACACCAGGCCCGUCCGGUCGCCCACGCCCGGUUCCGUGUACGACGACGACAUGGACACGCCGGACGACGACGAGGACGACCGCAACAGCGUGGACGUGGAGACAACCGACGGGCCGCACGGAGGUCGGUGCUCGUCCAGCACUCCGGAUCGCGGUCGGUCGCCCGUCCAGCUGCACCCGUCGCCGCCGUUGUCGCACCACCAGCACCAUCAGUUCCAGCAACCCGCCGCCGGAGCCAUGGCCGCGCGCGCCGCGUUCAUGAUGUCCGGUGGUGCCGCGGCCGGUGGCCACCAUCACCAGCACCAUCCGGUGGCCCCGGUCCGGCCCACGCCGUUCACCGCGUUCGCCGCGGCCGCAGCGGCCGCCUACUCGGCCGCGGGCAUGCAACAUCCCGCGGCUCCGGGACCAUGGCAUCCGCACUACGCGGGCGCGUUUCCCGCCUUCGGUUCGGCCGGUCUCAACUCCGGAUCACCCGAUUCUAACAACGGCGAACCGCCGAAACUCAAGUGCAACCUGCGCAAACACAAACCCAACCGGAAGCCCCGGACGCCUUUCACCACGCAACAGCUGUUGAAUCUCGAGAAAAAGUUCCGGGAGAAACAGUACCUGAGCAUUGCGGAACGGGCCGAGUUUUCCAAUUCACUUCACCUCACCGAGACCCAGGUUAAGAUAUGGUUUCAGAACCGGAGAGCCAAAGCCAAGCGGUUGCAAGAGGCCGAGAUUGAAAAGUUAAAGAUGGCCGCGGUGGCCGCGGCCCGGCCACACCACCCGCUGUACGGCAACCCGCAUUUGCCGCACUAUUUCCAACACCCGUCCGAACUGUUCGGCCAUCCGCACCAGCUGCAGUCGCUCCUGUCGCACCGGCCCACCAUGGCCCACCUCAUUGCGCAAGGCCUGCAGCAGCAGCAGCAGCAGCAACAGCAGCAGCAGGGCCUGCCGCCGUCGCACCAACCGGGCGGCGGCCAACACCAACAACAGCCGCCACCGCGUUCGUCGCUGUCGCCCGGGGGCGGUCGACGGUCCGUCACCCCUGCGUCGCCAACCCCUUCGAUGGGCGGUGGUGGCCCGGGGUCCACAACAAGCGUCUAGUGCGCACGGUCCUCGCGUUCAGCCUCCCCAAAACGGUACUCAAAGACUACACGCGACGCGUAUUUAUCUCGUUCUAUAAACAUUAUAGUAGUACAUUUCUUCGCAAUUACGCGUAUAUUCUCUUAAUUUUAUUGUUAUUAUUCCAGUAAUAAUAAUCACUGUACACGGAAACUAGUCACCAAAAACGAACCAUCACACGUGCGCGUAUCGUACACGUAUAAGCGACUACGUGUAUCGUAAUUUCGUAUGUUACGAAAAAGGUUUUAUAUAAUAUUAUUUUUUUCCGGUAAAAUACAUUGUUUUGCCCCCGUUCCCUUCUCGUCGCAUCAAUACACCGUAUAAGCCUUCGAUUGAAUUAUUGUUUUAACUAGUUCCUCAUAUUAUAUUUUUAUUAUUACGACUAUAUUUUCCCUGCGCGAAGUAUACAACUGUAGUAUGUACACAGGCAGUCGUUGCACGAGCACUUGAAGGAUUUUUUAUUUUAUAUUUUUCGACUUUUGUUUAGUUUAAUAUUAUUUUUAUUAUUUGUGUUAUUAAUUGUCAUAAGACUUUCUUUUUUUUUUUCUUGUUGAUGGUACUGUACGACGGGAAUCGCAUUAUUAUUUUCCGUAUUCACAUUAUUUCUUGUGUACGACGAUCUAUCUAUAUAUAUAUAUAUACAUAUAUUUACGUUUCAACGGUUUUUGCGCGAAAUCAAUUAUUUAUUUUUGUAAAU